AUGGGUUUUACUGAUUUUUAUAAGUCGGAUAAGUCUGCAAAUACCGAUACGGUAGACAAUAUUUCGCUUGAGUCGCAGAAUAAUGAAUCUGAUGGAUUCAACGCUGUCGUUGAAUUGGAUCACAACAAAAAGGAAAUUGGAUUAAUAUCUGCCACUUCAUUAUGUCUUAAUCGUAUGCUUGGUGCCGGUGUGUUUUCCACUGGUUCCACCAUUUUUGCCCUUUCAGGUUCUGUGGGGACAUCCUUAUUGAUGUGGGCAGUUGGUUCCCUUAUUGCCUUUACUGGGUUGUACACAUAUAUCGAAUUUGGACUGGCAAUUCCAAGGAAUGGAGGUGAAAAGAACUAUUUGGAAUACAUUUACAAGAAACCAAAGUUCUUGGUCACUGCCAUGUAUGCUGCAUACGUAUUUUUCCUUGGUUGGGCUGCUGGUAAUUCUAUCGUUGUUGGUGAAUAUUUGUUGAAUGCUGCUGGAAAAGAGGUUACUCAGUGGAAUUCUAGAGGAAUUGGUAUUGCAGUAAUCACUUUCGGCUUCUUGAUCAACGCUAUAAACGUUAAGGCUGGGUUAUUUUUAGGUAACUUUUUGGGUCUUUUUAAAAUUGGUAUUGUCUUGUUCAUUACUGUCACUGGUUGGGUUGCCUUGGGUGGUGGUAUUAAGACCAAUGAUUUCCAACCAACUGGAAACUUCAGGAAUGCCUUCUCCGGUGAAGCUCCUACAGGUUUCGGUAUUGUCAAUGCCUUGUAUAACGUUAUUUGGUCAUAUGUUGGUUACUCCAACGUCAACUAUGCUUUGGGUGAAGUAAAAAAUCCUCAAAAGGUUUUGAAAGUUGCAGCACCAUUAGCUUUCUUCUCUUUGGUUGUUAUUUACAUGUUUGUCAAUAUUGCAUACUUUGCUGUUGUCCCUAAGGAAGAAAUUGCUACCUCAGGAAGAAUUCUAGCAGCUUCAUUCUUCAGAUAUGCAUUCGGCAAGAGAGCAGAAACUGCAUCUUCUGUUUUCGUUGCACUUUCUGCGUUAGGUAAUGUUAUGUCAGUUAUCUUCUCGCAAGGUAGAAUUAUUCAAUCCUUAGGAAGAGAAGGUACUUUACCAUUCUCAAGAUUUUGGGCAUCUCAAAAGCCAUUGAACUCUCCAUUCGCUGGUUUAUUCCAACAUUGGGUUGUUUGUAUUGUCACCAUUGUUGCUCCACCACCAGGAGAUGCUUACAACUUUAUCAUGAACUUAAUUUCAUACCCAUUGAACGUUGUUAACUUCUUUGUUGCUAUUGGUUUGUUAUACUUACAUUACCAAAACUACAGAGGUGUUAUCGAAUGGAAGCCUCCAAUUAGAGCUGGUAUUCCAGUGAUUUUCUUCUUCGCAUUAUCAAGUUUGUACUUGGUUGUUGCACCAUAUAUCCCUCCAACUGAUGGCCAAUCUGUUUAUAAUGAUUUGCCAUACUGGAUUCAUGCUGUUGUUGCAUGGGGUAUUUUUGGAAUUGGAUUGGUUUACUGGGUAUUCUGGGUUAAAGUAUUACCACACUUUGGUGGAUACAAACUUGUUACCAAGGAAGUUCUCGCAGACGAUGGAUUCUGGAGAAAUAAGAUAUAUAAAGUUUCAGCUGAUGAACCAUCUGAACAAAUUACCAAUAGUGAUCUUGAUGUGAACGUCGAAUCCACCACUAAGGAAGAAGAAAAGGAAUAUUAA